CCGAAGCCAGCGACGGGCGCCCCCUUGGACUCGCGUCUCUAGUAUCCUUCAAAACGCAGAAAGAAGCAGAGGAGGACGAUCGGUGGUUUUUCCUUUGGCAAAGGAGGUGUGCGUGACACCCGAGACAGUUAUACCCCCCCCCCUAAACGGCGGGACACACGCAAUAACGGCCGAAACAUCGAGUGCCGUGCCUCUCGCGCUUACGUAAUGCAAUAACAGAGCGUAGUGGUGGGAACGCGCUUCGCGAGCCGGGAUGACGCGCACGAGCGUCGAGUCUACGACAAAUGCACCCUCCGUCCCGUGUUUGGGGGAACGCACGGACGGCUAUCACGUAGCCGAGGAGUAAGGGAUACACGACUCGACGCCUGGAUCGUACCUACCGGUGUGCCGGACCAUACGCGGACUUGUACUACUGAUGCUGCUACCAACGCUACGACCAGCAGUAGUAUUUCACCACGGGAUAGGGCGAGUGGUUGGGUCACGCGCCAGCAUUGACGUAUUCAUCCCGUGUGUGCGGCCACUCGGGAUAGGCACACGUACGAACAAGGAGCAAAGAAGUGCGCGCGCGGUACACGGAGCUCGGCCCCUGCCUCCGUUUUAAGAAUCGAUCGGCCUUCGUAGUGGUGCUGGUAUACAGUUGUAGUUGUACACACCCCACCCCCCCCUCCUUGUAUGCACACUACGUGCCAUACACGCCGAGAGAUAAGAUCCCACCUUCUCCCACAGUGCGCGCCCUUGUAUAAUGUAAUGUAAUAUACGCACCUGUGUGUAUAUAUACACAUACAUCGUUUACUACCGCCGUACAACCAAGUGUUUGUUGUGUGUGUGUGUGUGUGUGCGUGCGUGUGCAAGUGGUGUGUACACACUCGUGGGUGAAAAAGGCAAUGUAUGACGGAAUAGGGAGAAAAGAACAACAACGACGACGCAAGGGGGACCACCACCUCCCGUGAAACGGAUCGACUUUGGCGCGAGAGUGUCCCCGUUUCUCGUGGGUUGUAGUGAAAAAUUUGUUCACAAGAGAUUUUUCGGAAGGACUGGAUGAGUCGAUAGAAAAAAAAAAAAAAAGAAAAAAAGGAAUCUCCGCUAUUGCUCGGGUUUGACUGUCGCAAAGGUGCCGGCAAAGGCUGGAGAUGGGGAGGAGGACGGCGACGACGAGGGCGGCCCUCGGGCUGCUCCCUCUACUGCUGCUGCUCUGCGUUGGCUUCAGCAUCCAGCAGGAGGAGGACAUACCGCACAACGAAGUCAGAAACUGGGCCUUGAAAUUCGGCAUCGAUCUGUGGGAGUUUGGCCGACAGAUCACUAAAAUGAGCGAGAUACGAGCGAAAUACCACGAGUCCCUCGCUACGGUCAAUAAAAAGGACGGCCUAGUGCUCGUGCGAGAAAUGGCGGCGGAAGUGAAGAACAUGAUGGACUUCAAAAUCAACGCGGUCAUGAAACUGAUGGAGAACGCCGAGCAGGCGGCAGUAUCCGUUUCACGGGAGGGCAGCAGUGGCCCGCCUAAGUACCUGGCCAGCCACCGCAUCAACCAGGUGAACGAGGACGGCAAGCCGGGCCCUGACUCGCGCAACAUCUCUGGCAAUCGGCACUUUGACCACAUCGCAGUCAACCUCAGCCUAUCGGCCGUACUCAUGCCUUCCGGCCUCAAGGAUACUGAAGCCGACGUGGCGUCUGGGCUUCAAUGGAGCGAAUACCUCGACCCCCUCUUCGUCAACAAUUACGAGAGCGACCCGUCUCUCUCCUGGCAGUACUUUGGAUCGACUUCCGGCUUCUUGCGCCGCUUUCCCGCUAUGUCAUGGCCACCGGUGGACACGUCCCCCGUGCAGCCCGGGCCCGCCAGGCGCGUGCGCAGCGUCGACGACUUCCGGCUGUCCGACUGGUUUGUCGGUGCGGCCGAUUCGCCCAAGGACCUGGCCGUCCUCGUUGACGGGGCCAGCCUUUCGUCGAGCAAGACCCGCGAGCUCGUCGUCGGCACGGCCAACGCGAUACUUGACAGCCUCGGGCCCAACGACUACGUCAACGUGUACAAGUAUGCCGAGGGCGCCGAGGAGAUCGUCGCUUGUUUCAAGGACAGCCUCCUCACCGCGUCGCCCGAGAACAUCAAGGAGCUCAAGAAUGCAAUGAACAGCCUAAAAGCCGAAUCGCCGUCCAACAUCUCGGCGGCUCUGAGCACGGCCUUUGAGAUUCUGCACAAGUACAAUAGAUCGUCGCAAGGCAGCCAGUGCAACCAGGCGAUAAUGCUGAUCACAUCGCGUACCGAGGGCGCCCCGAUUGAACUCAUCAAGCGCUACAACUCGCCCCACAUGCCCGUGAGGAUCUUCACGUAUUUAGUGGGUGGCGACAACAGCGAGGACCUCAACAGCAUGUCCUGCAAUAACAAAGGAUACUUCGCGAGGAUAACCAAGCUGGACGAAAUAAAGAGCAAAGUUUUUGAAUACAUCAAGGUGAUGGCGCGGCCGAUGGUGCUGUACCAGCGCGACCACCCGAUACACUUUACGCCGGUCUACGUUGGUGGCAAAAGCGGCAGAUACGGCCUCGAGGGUCAAGGUCAGCUCAUGACCUCGGUUACGGCGCCCAUAUUGGAUCGGAGAAACCACACGGAAAGAACGGCUAACUUACUCGGAGUCGUGGGGACCGAUGUGCCCAUCGAGCAGAUUCAAAAACUCGUGCCGCCGUACAAGCUGGGUGUCAAUGGCUACUCGUUUCUGAUCGACAACAAUGGGCGUGUCCUGUAUCAUCCCGACCUCAGACCUUUGCCGGGAAACGUCGAGUACGAAGAAACGCUGAAACGAAAAUACCUGAGCGUCGACCUGUCGGAGGUCGAACUUUUGGAAAACGACGGGCCAUCUCACUCGUUAAACAGCUCUCUCCUCGACCUCAGACACGAGAUGAUAGAGCAGAAGGAGGGUGAGACCUAUUUCUCCGUGAAGAUCCACUACGACGACAUGAAGAGGGUAUCGAUCAGGCGGCACAAUUACUUUUACGAGCCAAUCCCGGACACGCCGUUCUCACUGGGGCUGGCGUUACCCGAAGGCUACGGCAUGUACGAGCUGCACGCCGAGCAGGAGAUUCGGCACGCUCAUGAUAAUGUUACGCACUACUUCAAAGGUGACACUUGGAAAGUGCACCCAGACUGGACGUAUUGCGAGCACUACUUUGAAAACGACAAAUGGUUCGAAAGUCCGGAAGAGCGGGUCCUGUACUUCCUGACCCAAACUCACAAUCCGGGCUGGAAGUGGCGAUCGCAGAGACCCAAAAGCUCGCACCAAAAGCCCGCGAACAAGCCCGACAAGGAUUCUUACUAUUGCGACAAGCUGUUAUUGCAAUCGUUAGUGUUGGACGCGUACGUGACACAAGAUUUUGAUAAGCGAAGCGAAAGAAAUAUGGGCAAAGACGAUAGCCCAAUUGCCAUACUGAUGGCUGUACUGCACAGGAAGGGAAAGGGUAGGUUCGGCAUGGCCCGACACUUUGUUGCCACCAGAAGCGGACUGCUCCGAUGGAAGGACCACGUCCAAAACGAUGGUAUCCACGAGCAGACGGAUUUCCCCGAGGUCUACAGAAGAGCCAUGGACUCCACUUGGUACAAGAGGGCCGUUGACCAACACGCGGUUGAAUUCGACAGCUUCGUUUUCAGCGUACCUUUCGACGCUGCCGAUAAUCCAAGGCCUUUGGUCACGGCGACCCACGCGAUAUUCGUGGACGUGAAGGGUCACAAGGCCCCGGCCGCGGUGGUCGGCAUACAAUUCCACCACUCGUCCCUGGCCUCGCACUUUGUCAACGUCACGUCAACGUGCCAAGAGCCCAUCACCUGUAAAAAGACGUGCGCCUCGGACGACCUGGACUGCUACAUCCUGGACAACAAUGGCUUCAUCAUCAUAAGCGAGAAGCACGAGCACACCGGCAAAUUCUUCGGCGACAUAGACGGCACGAUUAUGGAUUCCCUCGUGCAGGACAAGAUAUUCCGGAAGGUCAGUGUGGUCGAUUACCAGGGCGUGUGCACGCCCCAGUCGUCCCACGUGUCGGCCGCGCCCCGUUCCACGUCCCACUCGGUCGCUAAGCUCGCGUCCGCUUUUGGCCACUACCUGUGGACUUGGGCCAUCAACUUCAACCUCGCGGACCUCCUCCAGCCGAUAUGGGCGUACCCCUCGGACUCGGACGACGGGAACAUUGUCUACCCGGACGGCGACCACUUUCCGUCCGAGGUGACGGACGAGGCGACGGUGGAGGCCGACAAUCAGCCGCAAUAUCCACCGACGGUCGAGAAUCCGGCGGCAACGGCCAGCAGCACCCACUCGACCCUGGCGGGUAUCCCGCCGCACAAGCUCCGCACCUGCGAGAAGAAAACCGACCUGUACAUCCUCCAGCCCGAGAGGCUCAACACCAGCGGCCAGGGCAACCCGCUCAAGGGGAAGCUCACCAAUUGCCAUCAGUCGGGAUGCGAGAGGCCGUUCAGCGUCCAAAAGAUCAAACACACGAACCUGAUCCUGCUGGUGGUGGACACGCUGUGUCCCUGCGGCACCAAGAAACUCGGCAUCAGGCCGUACGAGGCGCUAACCGAGCCGGGCGCCUGCACAGCUAGGCGCGAGCGCCUCUACCAGCGCCGCUACUGCAAGUGCAUCAACUACCACCCGGAGGAGCUGGAGAUCAAGGCGUGCGGGGGUGCCGGCAGAUCGUUGGAUCUGUCGGGGCUGCGACCACUGCUCGCGGCUGCUCUACUUGUUGUCGCUCGGCUCACGUGACUCGGUGCUGGUUAAGUGCAGGUGGAUCGCCCGAUCGGCGACACGUGUGUAUAGGGACGGACUCAACUUUGGCGCGCGCAGCUGGAAAGUAACUCCUUUUUUUUUUUUUUUUUUUUUUCAACUCGGGGUACUCGGUUCUCGUCCUGUUGCCAACCGUGAGGGCCGAUUAGAUUUUUUACGUCCGAGUUACGAGCUCAACUUUCGUCAUUACCACUAGAAUCGUUUUUACGAUGUUGAUACUCUACAAGGGAGAGCAUUUGUUGCGUGAAAAUUUUUAAGAUUUUAACGGAAAAAUUUGCUCAAUAUGUUUACGUAUGCUAUAGAUAAUGGUUUGGUUGUUGUGCAGUGAAACGGGGUAACAGAUGGUUAAAAUUGUUGCGAGACGUUGAUAGUCCCCCAACAGGGAGGGAACAGAGUCGCUGCUUCCAGCUGCGUGAAUUUAAAACCAACGGCUUCGAAAAGUAAUAUUACAACUAGCAGUGCGCACCAAGGUGAUUUUUCCUUUCUCGAAACGGAGUAAAAAAUAAAUAAAAAAAUUGCGAAGCAAUAGGAUCGUAAACGAAAGAAUGUCGCGGGAGUCGAAAAUUCGUAGUAAAAGGGAAAACUAAACUAAACAAGAUGAUGAUGAUAAUAAUAAUAAUAGUAUGGAAAAAAAAAACAAGCACGACUAUCCGCG